CCUGGACUUUGUAUGAGGCUGUGAGGUCACCAGGAAGAUCUGCAUGUUUUCCUUACUCAGAGGAAGGACCCGCUUUCGGUCCAUGCGGCGGGCGCCUGUUGCAGCGCCCAUCCCCCUUCGUCUUUGCUCUCUAUCCUCGUUGCCUCAUCGCAUCCAACCGACUCGAAGCUUCAGUGCCAAUCCCGGCAGCAAGGAGGCUGAAGAACCGCCGCCAGCGACGAGUGAUCCAGGCAAAGCUGAUGAUGCACCUGCAGCCACACAGGCGACGCAGACGACUCAUGAGAUGGAGGACGAUAUAAGCCGCUUACUUCCCGUGUUUGCAUUGCUCGGAGGAUACGAGUCGCCACCGCGGUGGCAUGAGAGCUGGAUGGAAAGGCUUGGCAUGCGCUUCCAGUCAUGGGUGAGCAUGCAUUGCAAGCAAGGCCAACAGGGGAAGGGAGGCAAGCAAGCGAGGGCAACAAGCAGAUGAAUGCUGUGCUUUUGUGUGGACUGGACUCAUGUCAUUCAUCAGCUUGGCCUUAAUUUCGUCAGCCAAGCAUGUCCUGAUGUCUUCCGGUCGCGUGAUUACUACCACAACUUAUCUCGCGGCUCGGUACAGGCCUUCAAAAUGACCAUGCAAAAGGUACGUCUACUCACCACACGUGCUGCGGCCUGAUUGUGGAUGGUCGCCUGUCUAUCUAUCGCUGUACGUAUGGAUGAAUCAGUCGUAUGAGGGCGACUUAUCUGACUUGGAGGAUGUGGUGGAGAGCCGCCUGCUCAAACUCAUCACCAAAUGGCUCGAACGUGUCAACCAGAAGGGACUCAAGGUCGGUGGGGCAGGCGGCCACCAAGACCGAUGAGGCACCAGGGACCAAUCGUUGGUUGGUCGUGUGUCAUGUGUGGUGUGUGUCAGGUCCAGUGUCAGCUUGAAGAUGUUCAUGUGCAGGGCUUUGGGAGGCUAGCGAUCGUUCUAGGUGCCCAUCGGGGCCAGGCUCUUGGCAAGCGAGUGGUUUACAGGGUACGGGAGGCCCCACCGUUGGUGCACUGAGAAUGGCCGACGUGUGCGUGAUUUUCUUUCAUGGGUGACGUGUGCAGAUGAUGGGGCAUUACUUGGUGGUACCUCCGUCCAUCGUGCCGUCCAACAAGGACAGCACAGAGCCUAAAAAGUCAUUCAACGAAGUCGUCCGCGAAGUCGAGGUGAGCGCCGUGAAUGACGCGACACGAGCAUUCCACUGUCCAGUUAUCGAUGGAUGGAUGGCUGGAUGGAUGAUGACGCAGGGGUUGAUGCGGCAGGGUGGUGUGGUGCGCCAGGAGGUGCUCCUGAGCGCCAGGCAGAGCCUGGCUCUCGUCAGACCACAGCCACCCACAGCAGCCAAGCCAGGGGCGGCUGCCGGGGCCGGUACUGGUGGAGAGAGUGCCAAGCCAACUGAGGAGGCGCGUGUGGCCGAGGCGACCACCGAAGCGGCAGAGACGAGGGACGCGGCAGGUGUGGAUGGUGUAGGAGCUGCCAGCGAGUCUGAUCAGACCAAGAAGACACGCACAUCGGAGGUACCGAUGCAACGACCUGUCAGCAAACGACAUCGGGGGAGGCUUGACUGUUCCGUCCUUUGCUGACAGGUCUCUUACGUCGAUCAGUCGAGUAGUGCAGCCGCGGACGGGUCCGCUGGCAAGGAGGAGAGGACCGGUGGCGGUGAGGCUGUCGAGGCUGUGGAGGUGGUGUACGGGAGCACCAAGAAAAUGCGUGCUUUCCACACCAUUAUGCUGGAGAUGCCUCUCCAUCCGGUCACCCUGCCCAUGGCACAGUGAGCAGUCACGCGCACAUCCAUGCAGCAAGACAACAGUGACCAGCGGGGUGUGUGCUGUUGUCUGUCAGGUUUGCCGAGACUCAGGGAGAGGGCUAUCCAGAUGUCGAGUACGAAGCCAACCACUGGACAAUAUGCGACAUCAAUGACGCCCUCCUCGGCAACCCGCCCCUGCCCCUGCCGCCCACAAGUGAGUUUCACUGACAGCACACGACCUCUCGACAGCACACAGCCUUCUCCCAUUGGCUGCAGCGGGGUACAUCAAUGUGGAGGUGACUGGUGAUUGGGACCCCCCUGAGGCAGCCCCACAGGAAGCCAAGACGACCGAUGCAGCUUCACAAGAGCCAAAGACCGAGGCUUCCCCCGCGCCAUCACAAAACCCGCCAUCACCCUCGGGCUCUGACGAGUCAGAAACCGACAAAGACAAGACCCGCGCGGAUGGCGAGGCACCAGCUGAGGGGCGGGAGGGGGCCCCUGAGGCAAGUGACAAGGGCGACGACAGGCGCAAUGAUGAGGAGGUCAAGAAAAAACGGGUUUGAGCAAUUGGCCGGCUCUUGGUGUCGAUGGGAUGGAUGGGCGGACACGGACUGGCCGCGGCCUUGGCCGCUGCAACGUGCUUGUUGGUGGCGGGGAGAUGGGCGUGUUCGGAUGGCUGGUCAUUGACUGCCACGAUGGUGUCGCUUGCUUGUGUCUGCUGUAUGCCGGUGUGCGAUAGCGGAGGGCGGGUCGGUCGGUGGGUGGGUGCGUCAUGUCAUGAGUCGAGUGGGUGGGUACUGCGUUGGGUCAUGUGACUCACUGAUGGACAUGUUCGUGUUUGAAAGUGAUAGUAUCAUCG